AUUUUCUUAUCACUCCUUUCGUUGAAAUAGGAUAAGCUUUCAUCCUACCAAUGAUAAUUUCCAACACUUAAAAAAGUUCGGUUAUCGUGUGUAGUGUUUAUCGAUUCUAGGGUGGCUACGUCGGCGGUUUCCGCUGUCUGUCAUCUGUUACUGUAGCUAUGAGAGAAUUUUCGUACCCUAGCCGAGUCAGCCAUCCAAUCGUAGCUUAGCUAUCUUGCCGAGUUUGACCCGCUUGUUCGACCUUCUCGUGUGAGUCGAAGCGACAAGUAGAGAUACUUCUUUUGCCAUGUAGCGGAUUAAAAAGGCUCUUUCUUCGAUAUGCAGCGAAUUCAAAGGCUGCUGAUGGUGGUAUCUAGUGUUGCAGUUCUUUACAGCGAAACUAUAGGCCUCCACCUUAACCACGAUCGUACCAAGCAAGGUUUAGAGCCAUUUCUUGGAUCUACCCACAAGAAGGAUUCAACAUGGCAAACCCAAGACCGCUUCAGUCUGUCAUCCAGCAAAGUUGUCUGCCAAUUCAAGAAAACGUCCAGCGGCGAUUUUACUAGAUCAUGCGCAGACCUGGAUGGUAGUCCUCCAUAUAAUAGCAUCAACCUAUUGGGCAUUAUUGGUGAACCCCUCCCACCUGGAGUGAGCUCUAUACCAAAUCCUUAUGACUCCAGUGAUGAGCCUGCCUUUAGGUUUCGGCCUGGGGCCAAUGUGGGACGUUUUGCACGCCACUUUUUUAAGGAGACUGUGCACCCUUCAUUUGCUAUUGCUGCGACUAUACGUCCUCAUUCUUCUAAUGGCUGCAUUUUUUCAAUUAUGCAAUUACCAAGACACUCUCGAAUAAUAUUUGGGCUAAGAAUAACCUCAGACACAAAGUCCUCUUACAUUACUUUGAUGUACACUGACGUAUCCCGCAAGCAGAAGAAAUUUGUGUUCAAAGUCCCACAAUUUGUCAAUCAAUGGAGGAGGAUUGUUGUGACACUUGAUAAAAGAAAAGCAUCACUUUACUUUGAGUGUGACAAAGGAGAGUCUAUAGAGUUCCCAUUCAAAGCUCCGGACAUGUACAUACCAUCAGCCAGUGGCUUAUACAUUGCAAGAGCUGGCUGGAUGCGGGGCAGCUCACCAUUUUUAGGUGAUAUUGCAGAAUUAGUGUACUACAACCAUCCAUAUGGAAUAAAAAACAAAGCUUGCACCCAGGUCAUCGCAACAACUUUUCCUCUCAUAAACACGACUGGAAUCUCAAGCAUGGCUAGUGCCCAACCUACCACAGCAGAGACUACAGCAUCUACACCAACCUCAAUAACCAGUUCCCCCUCUUCACCUAGCACCAUAUUACCCGAGACUAGAACGAUACCAAAAACAAAUGUGGUAGAAGGCGGGGCUAAGAUUACACCUAAACCUAGUGAUGCACCAGCAAUACCAAUAACUUCAACUGGUACAUCACAAAUAAUAGAGGAGUCAAUUACCAAACAAACGAGUACCCAUGAGUUAAUAACAGUGACAUCAGCUAAGCCUAUGACAACUCAGAAUAUGAUAAAUGAAUCAAUUGAAGCAGGCGUGAGUUCCCUUGGAUCAGCUGCCCCACCAAUAAGUACGGAUGGAUUAACUGCUGCACCCAUGAUUACAGAUGGAACAACUGUUGCACCCAUGAGUACGGAUAAAACAACUACUGCACCCAUGAGUACGGAUGGAACAACUUCUGUACCCAUUAGUACGGAUGGAACAACUAUUGCACCCAUGAGUACAGAUGGAACAACUGCUGCAUCCAUGAGUGUGGAUGGAACAACUGCUGCACCCAUAAGUACGGGUGGAACAACUGUUUCAUCCAUUAGUACAGAUGGAACAACUGAUGCAUCCAUUAUUACAGAUGGAACAGCUGCUGUACAUAUUACUACGGAUGGAACAACUGUUGCACCCAUGAGUACGGAUGGAACAACUGUUUCAUCCAUGAGUACGGAUGGUACAACUGUUGACCCCAUGAGUACGGAUGGAACAACUGUUUCAUCCAUGAGUACGGAUGGGGCAACUGCUGCUCCCAUGAGUAUGGAUAGAACAACUGCUGCACCAAUGAUUACAGAUGAAACAUCUGCUGCACCCAUGAGUACGGAUGGAACAACUGCUGUACCCAUGAGUACGGAUGGAACAACUGCUGCACCCAUGAGUACGGAUUACGGAUGGAACAACUGCUGCAACAAUAAGUACAGAUGGAACAACUGCUAUACCCAUUAUAACGGAUGGAGCAACUGCUGCUCCCAUGAAUAUGGAUGGUACAACUGCUGCACCAAUGAGUACGGAUGGAACAACUGCUGUACCCAUGGUACUGAUGGAACAACUGCUGCACCCAUGAGUACGGAUGGAACAACUGCUGCAACAAUAAGUACAGAUGGAACAACUGCUAUACCCAUUAUAACGGAUGGAGCAACUGCUGCUCCCAUGAAUAUGGAUGGUACAACUGCUGCACCAAUGAGUACGGAUGGAACAACUGCUGUACCCAUGGGUACUGAUGGAACAAGUGCUACACCAAUGAGUACGGAUGGAACAACUGCUGCACCGAUGAGUACGGAUGGAAUAACUGCUACACCGAUGAGUACGGAUGGAAUAACUGCUGCACCCAUGAGUACGGAUGGAAUAACUGUUUCAUCCAUGAGUACGGAUGGAGCAACUGCUGCUCCCACGAGUAUGGAUAGAACAAAUGCUGCACCAGUGAUUACACGUGGAACAACUGUUGCACCAAUGAGUGCGGAUGGAACAACUGCUGCACCCAUGGGUACUGAUGGAACAACUGCUGCACCCAUGGAUGGAACAACUGCUGUACCCAUUAUUACGGAUGGAGCAACUGCUGCUCCCAUGAAUAUGGAUGGUACAACUGCUGUACCCAUGAGUACGGAUGGAACAACUGCUGUACCCAUGGGUACUGAUGGAACAAGUGCUACACCAAUGAGUACGGAUGGAACAACUGCUGAACCCAUUAGUACGGAAGGAACAACUGCUGCACCCAUGAGUACGGAUGGAACAACUGCUGCAACAAUAAGUACAGAUGGAAUAACUGUUUCAUCCAUGAGUACGGAUGGAGCCAAUGCUGCUCCCACGAGUAUGGAUAGAACAAAUGCUGCACCAGUAAUUACACGUGGAACAACUGUUGCACCAAUGAGUACGGAUGGAACAACUUCUGUACCCAUUAGUACUGAUGGAACAACUGCUGCACCCAUGAUACGGAUGGAACAACUGCUUACGGAUGGAACAACUGCUGUACCCAUGAAUAUGGAUGGAACAACUGCUGCACCCAUGAGUACGGAUGGAACAACUGCUGCUCCCAUGAGUACGGAUGGAACAACUGCUGUACCAAUGAGUACGGAUGGAACAACUGCUGCACCCAUUAGUACGGAUGGAACAACUGCUUUACCCAUUUUAACGGAUGGAGCAACUGCUGCUCCCGUGAAUAUGGAUGGAACAACUGCUGCACCAAUGAGUACGGAUGGAACAACUGCUGCACCCAUGAGUAUGGAUGGAACAACUGUUUCAUCCAUGAGUACGGAUGGAGCAACUGCUGCUCCCAUGAGUAUGGAUAGAACAACUGCUGCACCAAUGAUUACAGAUGAAACAACUGCUGCACCCAUAAGUACGGAUGUAACAACUGCUGUACCCAUGAGUACGGAUGGAACAACUGCUGCACCUAUUAGUACGGAUGAAACAACUGCUGCACCAAAUAAUACAGAUGGAACAACUGCUGUACCCAUUAUUACGGAUGGAGCAACUGCUGCUCCCAUGAAUAUGGAUAGAACAACUGCUGCACCCAUGAGUACGGAUGGGACAACUGCUGCAUCCAUGAUUACGGACGGAACAACUGUUUCAUCCAUUAGUACAGAUGGAACAACUGCUGUACCCAUUAGUACGAAUGGAGCAACUGCUGCACCCAUGAGUACGGAUGGAACAACUGCUGCACCCAUGAGUACGGACGGAACAACUGCUGUACCCAUGAUUACAAAUGGAACAACUGCUGUACCCAUGAUUACAGAUGGAACAACCGCUGCCCCCAUUAGUACGGACGGAACAACUGCUGUACCCGUGAUUACAGAUGGAACAACUGCUGCCCCCAUGAGUACGGAUAGAACAACUGCUGUACCCAUGAGUACGGAUGGAACAACUGCUGCACCCAUGAGUACGGAUGGAACAACUGCUGCACCCAUGAUUACGGGCAGUACAACUGCUGUACGCAUGAGUACCGAUGCAGCAACUUCAAUACCCACGGAUACGGAUGAAGCAACUGCUUCACCCAUGAGUACUUAUGGAGCAACUGCAAUACCCAUGAGUAUGGAUGGAACAGCUAGUGCAACCAUGAGCACUUUCACAGAUGCAGAUUGGUACACAGAGAUCCUAGAAACAGCAAAGCCUCAGGUGAAAAAUGCGACAAUUUACCCUGGAGCUGAUACCACUGCUCCAUCGAAGACUGGUGCUCCUGAGAUCACUGCUGCACCAGAGACUACUGCUGUACCUGAGACCAUUGAAACACCAGAGACCACUUCUGCACCAGAGACCACUUCUGCACCAGAGACCACUGCUCUACCAAAGACCACUGCUGUUCCAGAGACCACUACUCCACCAGAAACCACUGCUAAACCUGAGACCACUGGUGCACCAGAGACCACUUCUGCACCAAAGACCACUGCUGUUCAAGAGGCAACUGCUUCGCCAGAGACCACUUCUGAACCAGAGACCACUGCUCUACCAAAGACCACUGCUGCACCAGAGACCACUUCUCCAACAGAGACCACUGCUGUUCCAGGGACCACUGCUGCACCAAAGACCACUGCUUCGCCAGAAACCACUGCUAAACCUGACACCACUGGUGCAGCAGAGACCACUUUUGUACCAGAGACCAUUGCUACACCAGAAACAACUACUGUACCAGGGACCACUGCUGCACCAGAGACCACUGCUGUUCCAGAGAGCACUUCCGUACCAGAGACCACUGCUCUACCAAAGACCACUGCUGUUCCAGAGACCACUACUCCACCAGAAACCACUGCUAAACCUGAGACCACUGGUGCACCAGAGACCACUUCUGCACCAAAGACCACUGCUGUUCCAGAGGCAACUGCUGCACCAGAGACCACUUCUGCACCAGAGACCACUGCUGCACCAGAGACCACUUCUGCACCAGAGACCACUUCUGUACCAGAGACCACUUCUGCACCAGAGACCACUGCUCUACCAGAGACCACUGCUUCGCCAGAAACCACUGCUAAACCUGACACCACUGGUGCACCAGAGACCACUUUUGUACCAGAGACCAUUGCUGCACCAGAAACAACUACUGUACCAGGGACCACUGCUGUGCCAGGGACCACUGCUGUAUCAGAGACCGUGGCUACACCGGAGACCACUGCUGCACCAGAGACCACUGCUGUACCAGAGACCACUUCUGCACCAGAGACCACUGCUCUACCAAAGACCACUGGUGCACCAGAGACCUCUUCUGUACAAGAGACCACUGCUGCACCAGAGACCACUGCUGCACCAGAGACCACUGCUGCACCAGAGACCACUGCUGCAUCAGAGACCACUGCUGUUCCAGGGACCACUGCUGUACCAGAGGCCACUGCUGCACCAGAAACUACUGCUCCACCAGAGACCACUGCUGCACCAGAGGCCACUGCUGUUCAAGGGAUUACUGCUGCACCAGAGACCACAUCUGCACCAAAGACCACAUCUGCACCAGAGACCACUGCUGUACCAGAGACCACUGUUGUACCUGGGACCACUGCUGCAUCAGAGACCGUGGCCGCACAGGAGACCACUGUUGCACCAGAGACCGCUGCUGUACCAGAGACCACUUCCGUACCAGAGACCACUUCUGCACCUGAGAACACUGCUCUACCAAAGACCACUGCUCUACCAGAGACCACUGCUGCACCAGAAACCAUUGCUAAACCUGAGACCACUGCUCCACCAGAGACCACUGCUCUACCAAAGACCACUACUCUACCAGAGACCACUGCUGCACCAGAAACUACUGCUAAACCUGAGACCACUGGUGCACCAGAGACCACUUCUGCAUCAGACACAACUGCUGUACGAGGGACCACUGCUGUACCAGAGAGCACUGCUGUACCAGGGACCACUGUUGUACCAGAGACCACUACUUUACCAGAGACCACUGCUGUACCAGAGACCACUGCUGUACCAGAAACCACUGCUGUACCAGGGACCACUGCUGCACCAGAGACCACUGCUCCACCAGAGACCACUGCUCUACCAAAGACCACUGCUGCACCAGAAACCUUUUCUAUACCAGACACAACUGCUGUACCAGGGACCACUGCUGUACCAGGGACCACUGCUGUACCAGAGACCACUACUUUACCAGAGACCACUGCUGUACCAGAGACCACUGCUGUACCAGAAACCACUGCUGUACCAGGGACCACUGCUGCACCAGAGACCACUGCUGCACCAGAGACCACUGCUCUACCAAAGACCACUGCUCUACCAAAGACCACUGCUCUACCAAAGACCACUGCUGCACUAGAAACCUUUUCUAUACCAGACACAACUGCUGUACCAGGGACCACUGCUGUACCAGAGACCAUUGCUGCACCAGAGAACACUUCUUCACCAGAGAACACUUCUGCACCAGAGACCACUUCUGCACCAGAAACCACUGCUUUACCAAAGACCACUGCUUUACCAAAGACCACUGCUCUACCAAAGACCACUGCUUUACCAGAGAGCACUGCUGCACCAGACACAACUGCCGUACCAGGGACCACUGCUGUACCAGGGACCACUGCUGUUCCAGGGACCACUGCUGUACCAGGGACCACUGCUGUACCAGAGACCACUGCUGCACCAAAGACCACUGCUGUACCAGAGACCACUGCUUCGCCAGAAACCACUGCUAAACCUGACACCACUGGUGCACCAGAGACCACUGCUGUACCAGAGACCGAUGCUGUACUAGAGACCACUUCUGCCUCCGAGACAACUUCUCUACCAGAUACGACUAAUGCAAUCAAGACCACACUUGUGAUUGGAACAACUUUAGCAGCGCAAACUGAUAUUCCUGUGCCUCCCAAAGACUUGCGAGUGGACCUAACAAUCUUUUUACCUGAUGAAUCGUGGGACAUGCUACUAUUGCUGCCUUUUAGUAACUCGUAUGCAGAACUGAGCAGUAAAAUAUCUACGAAUAUUAGAGAAUUCUAUACCAAGGAUCCAAGCUUUAUCGAUGCAAAUAUCGUUGAAUUUAGAGAGGGUGUCAUAGCUAUUAUAUCCUUACAGUACGGUGCCCUUCAGCAAAAGGAGCUUCUGAGUUUGGUAGAAAAUCUGCAAGAGAAGAGCGGCAUUGCUAAUUUACCAGCCAACUUAAUUGAUAUUACCUCAAAUGAUGUUCCUCCAGCACCUAAGAUGGCGAAAGCGUUCAGCCCUAAUCCUACACGCUUAUUUGUAUCUUGGGACAUUGAAGAGCCCACUCCAAAGCAAGGGAGAAUCAAAGGAUAUACUGUUUUCUUCCGCCCAUUUUCUUCUUCAAAAUGGAGCUCAAAGAAAUGUUAUGAGUGUGACCAGCUGCUCUUGGAAAAUCUUGUUCCUGGAAUCAAGUACAGAGUACGAGUGCUAGCCUUUUCUGAUAAUGGAAAUGGUAUCCCUAGCAACAAACUUGAUGCCUUUGCUGGUGAUGAAAUACUUUCCACUCCAGCAUCGAUUUCUCCUCAAUUAAUCAAUACUGAUGCAGCAACUACUACUUCCACGAUGUCAGUUACUGCAACCAUGAGUUCGGAAAGAACAACAGAUCUACAUUUGAGUACCGAUAGGAUAACUGCUGCAACCAUAGGAACGGAUGGUACGACUCUUAUACCCAUGAGUACGGAUGGAACAACUGCCGCUCCGAUGAGUACGGAUGGAACAACUACUUCACCAAUUAGUUCGGAUGGAAAAACUGCUGCACCAAUGAGUACGGAUGGAACAGCUGCUUCGUCCAUGGGUACGGAUAGAACAACUGCUACACCGAUGAGUAUAGAUGGAACAACUGCUGCACCAAUAAGUUCGGAUGGAACAACCGCUUCAUCCAUGAGUACGGAUGGAACAACUGCUGCACCCGUUAGUACGGAUGGAACAACUGCGGCACCCAUGAGUACGGAUGCAACAACUGCCGCUCCGAUGAGUACGGAUGGAACAACUACUUCACCAAUUAGUUCGGAUGGAAAAACUGCUGCACCAAUGAGUACGGAUGGAACAGCUGCUUCGUCCAUGGGUACGGAUGGAACAACUGCUGCACCCAUGAGUACGGAUGGAACAACUGCUACACCGAUGAGUAUAGAUGGAACAACUGCUGCACCAAUAAGUUCGGAUGGAACAACCGCUUCAUCCAUGAGUACGGAUGGAACAACUGCUGUACCUAGGAGUACGGAUGGAACAACUGCGGCACCCAUGAGUACGGAUGCAACAACUGCUGCACCCGUUAGUACGGAUGGAACAACUGCUGCUCCAAUGAGUACGGAUGGAACAAGUACAAUAUCCUCUGUUGAAACCACACCUAGUACAAUAUCCUCUGUUGAAACCACACCUAGUACAAUAUCCUCUGUUGAAACCACGCCAAGUACAAUAUUUCCUAGGACAAUAUUUCCAGUGGCGGCCUCAUCUAGUACGGAAGGAACAACUGCUGCACCCAUGAGUACGGAUGGAACAACUGCUGCACCCAUGAGUACGGAUGGAACAACUGCUGCACCCAUGAGUACGGAUGGAACAAGUACAAUAUCCUCUGUUGAAACCACACCUAGUACAAUAUUUCCUAGGACAAUAUUUCCAGUGGCGGCCUCAUCUAGGACAACAUCGCCUGUGGAAACCACGCCUGGAACAGCUGCACCCAUGAGUUCGGAUGGAACAACUGCUUUAUCCAUGAGUACGGAUGAAACAACUGCUGCACCAAUGAGUACGGAUGGAACAACUGCUGCACCCAUUAGUACAUAUGGAACAACUGCGGCACCCAUGGAUACUGAUGGAAGAACUGCUACACCGAUGAGUACGGAUGGAACAACUACUGCAGCAUCGAGUACGGAUGGGACAACUGCGGCGCCUUUUAUUAGGGUUAAAACGCCUUCACAGCUGAACGGGACAGUAUCCCCUCUUCAAAGCAGUCCUAGUACAGUAUCCUCUGUUGAAACCACACCUAGUACAGUAUCAACUAAACCUAGGACAAUAUUUCCAGUGGCGGCCUCAUCGAGGACAAUAUCACCUGUGGAAACCACACCUGAGACAAUACCACCUGUGGAAACAAAAUCUACGACAAUAUCGGCUAUUGAGUCCUCGCCUAGAACAGCUUCAACCGUGGAAACAACACCUUGGACCACACCGCCUGUGAAAACGACAACUGGGACAAGAUCGUCUAUUGAAACAACACCUGAAACAACAUCGCCUUCUGAAACUACGCCAACAACUGCUACAUCCAUGAGUACGGAUGGAACGACUGCUGCACCCAUGAGUACGAAUGGAACAACUACCGCACCCAGGAAUACGGAUGGUAGAACUGCUGCACCCAUGAGUACGGACGAAACAACUUCUGCAUCCAUGACAAAACAUGCAACUGCUGCACCCAUUACUACGAAUGGAACAACUGCUGAACCCAUUAGUACAGAUGGAACAACUGUUUUAUCUAUGAGUACGGCUAGAACAACUACUGCAUCUAUGAGUACGGCUGGAACAACUGCUGCACCCAUUAUUACUAAUGGAACAACUGCUGCACCCAUUACUACUAAUGGAACAACUACUGAACCCAUGAGUACGGAUGAAAGAAAUGCUACAACCAUGAGUACGGAUGGAACAACUGCUGCACCAAUGAGUACGAAUAGAACAACUGUUUCACCCAUGAGUAUGGAUAGAACAACGGCUGCACCCAUAAGUACGGGCGGAACGAAUACUGCACCCAGGAGUACACAUGGAACAACUGCUGCACCCAAUAUUACGAAUGGAACAACUGCUGAACCUAUUUGUACGGAUGGAACAACUACUACACCAAUGAGUACGGAUGAAGCAAUUGCUGCACCCAUGAGUACAGAUCGCACAACUGCUGUACCCAAUAGUACGGAUGGAACAACUGCUGUACCCAGGAGUAUGGAUGGAACAACUUCUGCACCCAUGAGUACGGACGGAACAACUAUUGCAUCCAUGAGUACACAAGGAACAACUGUUUCACCCAUGAGUAUGGAUAGAACAACGGCUGUACCCAUAAGUACGGGCGGAACGACUACUGCACCCAGGAGUACGGAUGGAACAGCUACUGCACCCAUGAGUACAGAUGGUACAACUGCUGUACCCAUCAGUACGGAUGGAACAACUACUGUACCCAGAAGUAUGGAUGGAACAACUGCUGCACCAAUAAUUUUGGAUGGAACAACUGCUGCAGCCAUGAGUAGAGAUGGAACAACUGCCGCUCCCAUGAGUACUGAUGGAACAACUGCUGUACCCAUUAGUACGGAUGGAACAACUGCUGUACCCAUUAGUACGGAUGGAACAACUGCUGUACCCAGGAGUAUGGAUGGAACAACUGCUUCACCAUUGAGUACGUAUGGAACAACUGCCGGUCCGACAAGUACGGAUGGAACAACUACUUCACCAAUGAGUACGGAUGGAACAACUGCUGCUCCAAUGAGUAAGGAUAGAACAACUGCUGCACCCAGGGGUGCUGAUGGAACAACUGCUACACCGAUGAGUAGAGAUGGAACAACUGCCGCUCCCAUAAGAAAGGAUGAAACAACUGCUGUACCCAUUAGUACGGAUGGAACAACUGCUGUACCCAGGAGUAUGGAUGGAACAACUGCACCCUUGGGUACUGAUGUAACAACUACUGCACCGAUGAAUACGGUUGGGACAACUGCUUCAACCAUGAGUACGGAUGAAACAGCUUCUGCACCCAUGAGUACAGAUGGAACAAAUACUGUACCCAGGAGUAUGGAUGGAACAACUGCUGCACCCAUGAGUAUGGAUGGAACAACUGCUGUACCAAUGAGUACGGAUGGAACAACUGCUGCACCCAUUAGUACGGAUGGAACAACUGCUGCACCAAUUAGUACGGAUGGAACAACUGCUGCACCAAUUAGUACUGAUGGAACAACUGUUUCACCCAUGAGUAUCGAUAGAACAACGGUUGUACCCAUAAGUACGGGCGGAACGACUACUGCACCCAGGAGUACGGAUGGAACAGCUACUGCACCCAUGAGUACGGAAGGAACAAGAACUUCACCAAUGAGUACGGAUGGAACAACUGCUACACCAAUAAUUUCGGAUGGAACAACUGCUGCAGCCAUGAGUACAGAUGGUACAACUGCUGCACCCAUUAGUACGGAUGGAACAACUGCCGCACCCAUGAGUACAGAUGGUACAACUGCUGUACCCAUUAGUACGGAUGGAACAACUGCUGCACCCAUGAGUACGGAUGGAACAACUGCUGCAGCCAUGAGUACAGAUGGUACAACUGCUGUACCAAUGAGUACGGAUGGAACAACUACUGUACCCAGAAGUAUGAAUGGAACAACUGCUGCACCCAUGAGUACGGAUGGAACAACUGCUGUACCAAUGAGUACGGAUGGAACAACUACUGUACCCAGAAGUAUGAAUGGAACAACUGCUGCACCAAUAAUUUCGGAUGGAACAACUGCUGCAGCCAUGAGUAGAGAUGGAACAACUGCUGUACCCAUUAGUACGGAUGGAACAACUGCUGUACCCAGGAGCAUGGAUCGAACAACUGCUGCACUAUUGAGUACGUAUGGAACAACUGCCGCACCGAUAAGUACGGAUGGAACAACUACUUCACCAAUGAGUACGGAUGGAACAACUGCUGCUCCAAUGAGUAAGGAUAGAACAACUACUUCACCAAUUAGUUCGGAUGGAACAACUGCUUCAACCAUAAGUACGGAUGAAACAGCUUCUGCACCCAUGAGUACAGAUGGAACAACUGCCGCUCCCAUAAGUACGGAUGGAACAACUACUUCACCAAUUAGUUCGGAUGGAAAAACUGCUGCACCCAUGAGUACGGAUGGAACAGCUGCUACACCAAUAAGUUCGGAUGGAACAACCGCUUCAUCCAUGAGUACGGAUGGAACAACUGCUGUACCUAGGAGUAUGGAUGGAACAACUGUUGCACCAAUAAGUACGGAUAGAACAACUACUACACCAAUGAGUACGGAUGGAACAACUGCUGUACCUAGGAGUAUGGAUGGAACAACUGUUGCACCAAUAAGUACGGAUAGAACAACUACUACACCAAUGAGUACGGAUGGAACAACUGUUUCAUCCAUGAGUAUGGAAAGAACAACUGCAGCACCCAUGAGUACGGACGGAACUACUAGUGCACCCAGGAGCAUGGAUGGUACAACUGCUGCACCCAUGAGUACGGACGGAACAACUACUACACCAAUGAGUACGGGUGGAACAAUUGCUGCACCCAUUAGUACGGAUGAAACAACUGCUUCAUCCAUGAGUACGGAUGGAACAAUUGCUUCAUCCAUGAGUACGUAUGGAACAACUGCUGCACCCAUGAGUACGGAUUCAACAACUGCUGCAUUAAUGAGUACAGAUGGUACAACUGCUUCAUCUAUAAGUACUGAUGGAACAACAGCCGCACCUACGAUUACGGAUAGAACAACUGCUGCACCCAUGAGUACGGAUGGAACAACUGCUGCAUUAAUGAGUACGGAUGGUACAACUGCUUCAUCCAUAAGUACGGAUGGAACAACAGCCGCACCUACGAUUACGGAUAGAACAACUGCUACACCGAUGAGUACGGAUGGAACAACUGCUGCACCAAUGAGUACAGAUGGUGUAACACUUUUACCUAUGAGUACUGGCGAAAUAGCUGUUUCUCCAUUGAGUAAAAAUGAGGUUUCUACUGUACCUCCGAAAACGAAUGUAAUACAGAACACCGAAAUGCCCGCUACACCCGGACAACAGCGUAAGAUAUCCACAAUUGAGGUAACGUUUACAUCAGAAACCACAGGAUUAUCUGAGGGUACAUUUGCACCAAGAACUACUGGCCCGCAUGAGAGUACUGUAGCAUCAGGAGCCACUGUAGCAAGUAAAAAUACUGUUACACCAGAAACAACUUCAUCACCUGACAUAACUGUUGAAUCAGGAACCACUGUACCACCAGAGAGUACCACUACACCAGGAACAACUGUAGCUAGUAAGAGUGCUGUUGAAUCAGGAACCACUGUAGCGAGUGUGAGAACUACUGCACCAGAAACCACUUUAUCACCUGAAAAAACUGCUGCACCAGGAACCACUGUACCACCGGAUAGCACCCCUUCACCACGAACCACCAUAGCGAGUAAGAGUACUAUUGUACCAGGAACCACUGUAGCAACUGAUAUUACUAUUCCACCAGAAACCACUGUAGCACCUGAGGGUACAGCUGCAAAAGGAAACACUAUCUUACGUGAGAGUACAUCUCCGCCAAGAACUACUGUAUCGACUGAAAGUACUGCUGCACCAGGUAUCGCUGUAUCGCCUGAAAGUACUGUUUCACCAGGAACUACUGUGGCGUCUCUGAGGACUGCUGGAUCAGGAACCACUGUAGCAAGUGAGGGUACUCUUGCACCAGAAACUACUCUAUCAUCUGAUAGAACUGCUGCACCAGGAACCAUUGUAUCACCCGAGAGUACUGUUGCACCAGGAACAACUGUAGGAGGUAAGAGUAUUGCAGCACAGGAAACGACUUCAGCGAGUGCAAAUACUGCUCCACCAGGAACCACUGUAUUACCUGAAAGUACUGCUGCACCAGGAUCCACUGUAUUACCUGAAAGUACCGCUGCACCAGGAUCCACUGUAUUACCUGAAAGUACCGCUGCACCAAGAACCACUGUAUUAUCUGAAAGUACUGCUGCACCAGGAACUACUGUAGCAACUGAGAGUACUGUUACACGAGGAACCACUGUAGCAAGCGGGGGUACUGAUGCACUAGUAACCACUGUAUCACCUGAGAGUACUUUAACACCAGGAACUACUGUAUUACCUGAGAGUACUGUUGCACCAGGAAUCGCUGUAGCAAGUGAGAUUACUGUUACACGAGGAACCACUGUAGCAAGUGAGAGUACUGAUAGUGAAAGUACUAUUGUACCAGUUACCACUGUAGCUAGAGAGAGUACUUUUACACCAGGAACAACAUUAGCACCUGAGAGCACUUUUGCACCUGGAACUACUGUAGCAAGUGAGAGUACUGUUAUACGAGGAGCCACUGUAGCAAGCGCGAGUACUGAUGCACCAGGAACUACUGUAUCACCUGAGAGUACUGUUGCACCAGGAAUCGCUGCAGCAAGUGAGAGUUCAAUUACACCAGGAACCACUGUACUACCUGGUAGUACUGCUGCACCAUUAACCACUGGAGCAAGUGAGAGUACUGUUGCACCAGGAACCACUGUAUUACCUGAAAGUACUGCUUCACCAGGAACUACUGUAGCAAGUGAGAUUACUGUUACACGAGGAACCACUGUAGCAAGCGAGAGUACUGAUAGUGAAAGUACUAUUGUACCAGUUACCACUGUAGCUAGAGAGAGUACUUUUGCACCAGGAACAAGUGUAUCACCUGAGAUUACUGUCGCACCAGGACCCACUAAAGCAAGUGAGAGAACAAUAACAUCAGGAAACACAUUAGGAAGCAAGAGUACAAUAACACCAGGAACCACUGAAUCACCUGAGAGUACUGCGGCACCAGGAACUACUGUAUCACGUGAGGGUACUAAUACACCUGACAGUUUAUUACCGGAAGGUACUACUGCACCUGGAACCACUUUUGCAAAUGAGAGUACUGUUGUAUCAGGAACUACUAUAUCACCUGAGAGUACUGUUGCACCAGAAUCGACUAUAGCAAGUGAAAGUUCUGCCGCACCAGGAACCACUGAAUCAUCGGAAAGUACUGUUGAACCAUUAACCACUGCAGCAAGCGAAAGUACUGUUGCCCCAGGGACAACAUUAUCACCUGAGAGUACUGUUGCACCUGGAACUACUGUAGCAAGUGAGAUAACUGUUACACGAGGAACAACUGUAGCAAGUGAUAGUACAUUUUCAUCAGGAACCACAUUAAGAAGCAAGAGUACAAUAACACCAGGAAGCACUGUAUCACCUAAAAGUACUGCUGCACCAGGAACUACUGUAUCGCGUGAGGGUACUAAUACACCUGACAGUUUAUUAGCGGAAGGUACUACUGCACCUGGAACCACUUUAGGAAAUGAGAGUACUGUUGUACCAGGAACAACUAUAUCACCUGAGAGUACUGUUGAACCAGAAUCGACUAUAGCAACUGUAAUUUCUGCCGCACCAGGAACCACUGAAUCAUCGGAAAGUACUGUUGAAUCAUUAACCACUGCAGCAAGCGAAAGUACGGUUGCCCCAGGGACAACAUUAUCACCUGAGAGUACUGUUGCACCUGGAACUACUGUAACAAGUGAGAGUACUGUUACACGAGGAGCCACUGUAGCAAGCGCGAUUACUGAUGCACCAGGAACCACUGUAUUACCUGAAAGUACUGCUUCACCAGGAACUACUGUAGCAAGUGAGAUUACUGUUACACGAGGAAACACUGUAGCAAGCGAGAGUACUGAUAGUGAAAGUACUAUUGUACCAGUUACCACUGUAGCUAGAGAGAGUACUUUUGCACCAGGAACAACAUUAGCACCUGAGAGUACUGCUGCACCUGGAACUACUGUAGCCAGUGAGAGUACUGUUACACGAGGAGCCACUGUAGCAAGCGCGAGUACUGAUGCACAAGGAACUACUGUAUCACCUGAGAGUACUGUUGCACUAGGAAUCGCUGUAGCAAGUGAGAGUUCAAUUACACCAGGAACCACUGUACUACCUGAGAGUACUGCUGCACCAUUAACCACUGGAGCAAGUGAGAGUACUGUUGCACCAGGAACCACUGUAUUACCUGAAAGUACUGUUUCACCAGGAACUACUGUAGCAACUGAGAGUACUGUUACACGAGGAACCACUGUAGCAAGCGAGGGUACUGAUGCACUAGUAACCACUGUUUCAUCUGAGAGUACUUUAACACCAGGAACUACUGUAUUACCUAAGAGUACUGCUUCACCAGGAAUUACUGUAGCAAGUGAGAGUACUGUUACACGAGGAACCACUGUAGCAAGCGAGGGUACUAAUGCACUAGUAACCACUGUAUCACCUGAGAGUACUGUGCCACCAGGAACUACUGUAUCACGUGAGGGUACUAAUACACCUGACAGUUUAUUACCGGAAGGUACAACUGCACCUGGAACCACUUUUGCAAAUGAGAGUACUGUUGUAUCAGGAACAACUAUAUCACCUGAGAGUACUGUUGCACAAGAAUCGACUAUAGCAAGUGAAAGUUCUGCCGCACCAGGAACCACUGAAUCAUCGGAAAGUACUGUUGAACCAUUAACCACUGCAGCAAGCGAAAGUACUGUUGCCCCAGGGACAACAUUAUCACCUGAGAGUACUGUUGCACCUGGAACUACUGUAGCAAGUGAGAUAACUGUUACACGAGGAACAACUGUAGCAAGUGAUAGUACAUUUUCAUCAGGAACCACAUUAAGAAGCAAGAGUACAAUAACACCAGGAAGCACUGUAUCACCUAAAAGUACUGCUGCACCAGGAACUACUGUAUCGCGUGAGGGUACUAAUACACCUGACAGUUUAUUAGCGGAAGGUACUACUGCACCUGGAACCACUUUAGGAAAUGAGAGUACUGUUGUACCAGGAACAACUAUAUCACCUGAGAGUACUGUUGCACCUGGAACUACUGUAACAAGUGAGAGUACUGUUACACGAGGAGCCACUGUAGCAAGCGCGAUUACUGAUGCACCAGGAACCACUGUAUUACCUGAAAGUACUGCUUCACCAGGAACUACUGUAGCAAGUGAGAUUACUGUUACACAAGGAAACACUGUAGCAAGCGAGAGUACUGAUAGUGAAAGUACUAUUGUACCAGUUACCACUGUAGCUAGAGAGAGUACUUUUGCACCAGGAACAACAUUAGCACCUGAGAGUACUGCUGCACCUGGAACUACUGUAGCCAGUGAGAGUACUGUUACACGAGGAGCCACUGUAGCAAGCGCGAGUACUGAUGCACAAGGAACUACUGUAUCACCUGAGAGUACUGUUGCACUAGGAAUCGCUGUAGCAAGUGAGAGUUCAAUUACACCAGGAACCACUGUACUACCUGAGAGUACUGCUGCACCAUUAACCACUGGAGCAAGUGAGAGUACUGUUGCACCAGGAACCACUGUAUUACCUGAAAGUACUGUUUCACCAGGAACUACUGUAGCAACUGAGAGUACUGUUACACGAGGAACCACUGUAGCAAGCGAGGGUACUGAUGCACUAGUAACCACUGUUUCAUCUGAGAGUACUUUAACACCAGGAACUACUGUAUUACCUAAGAGUACUGCUUCACCAGGAAUUACUGUAGCAAGUGAGAGUACUGUUACACGAGGAACCACUGUAGCAAGCGAGGGUACUGAUGCACUAGUAACAACUGUAUCACCUGAGAGUACUUUAACACCAGGAACUACUGUAUUACCUGAGAGUACUGCUUCACCAGGAAUUACUGUGGCAAGUGAGAUUACUGUUACACGAGGAACCACUGUAGCAAGCGAGAGUACUGAUAGUGAAAGUACUAUUGUACCAGUUACCACUGUAGCUAGAGAGAGUACUUUUGCACCAGGAACAAGUGUAUCACCUGAGAUUACUGUCGCACCAGGACCAACUAUAGGAAGUGAGAGUACUGUUACACGAGGAGCCACUGUAGCAAGCGCGAGUACUGAUGCACCAGGAACUACUGUAUCACCUGAGAGUACUGUUGCACCAGGAAUCGCUGCAGCAAGUGAGAGUUCAAUUACACCAGGAACCACUGUACUACCUGAGAGUACUGCUGCACCAUUAACCACUGGAGCAAGUGAAAGUACUGUUGCCCCGGGGACAACAUUAUCACCUGAGAGUACUGUUGCACCUGGAACUACUGUAGCAAGUGAGAGUACUGUUACACGAGGAGCCACUGUAGCAAGCGCGAUUACUGAUGCAGCAGGAACCACUGUAUUACCUGAAAGUACUGCUUCACCAGGAACUACUGUAGCAAGUGAGAUUACUGUUACACGAGGAACCACUGUAGCAAGCGAGAGUACUGAUAGUGAAAGUACUAUUGUACCAGUUACCACUGUAGCUAGAGAGAGUACUUUUGCACCAGUAACAACAUUAGCAUCUGAGAGUACUGCUGCACCUGGAACUACUGUAGCCAGGGAGAGUACUGUUACACGAGCAGCCACUGUAGCAAGCGCGAGUACUGAUGCACUAGUAACCACUGUUUCAUCUGAGAGUACUUUAACACCAGGAACUACUGUAUCACCUGAGAGUACUGUUGCACCAGGAAUCGCUGUAGCAAGUGAGAGUUCAAUUACACCAGGAACCACUGUACUACCUGAGAGUACUGCUGCACCAUUAACCACUGGAGCAAGUGAGAGUACUGUUGCACCAGGAACCACUGUAUUACCUGAAAGUACUGUUACACCAGGAACAACUGUAUCAUCUGAGAGUACUGCUACACCAUUAACCAAUUUAGCGAGUGAAAGCACUGUUACACUAGAAACCUCUAUAUCAUCUGAGGGUACGUUUGCACCAAGAACCACUUUAGCACAUAAGAGUACUGUUGCACCAGGAACUACUGUAUCACCUGAGAGUACUGUUCAACCAGAAUCGACUAUAGCAACUGUAAGUUCUGCCGCACCAGAAACCACUGAAUCAUCGGAAAGUACUGCUGAAUUAUUAACCGCUGCAGCAAGUGAAAGUACUGUUGCCUCAGGGACAACAUUAGCACCUGAGAGUACUGUUGCACCUGAAACUACUGUAGCAAGUGAAAGUACAGUUACACGAGGAGCCACUGUAGCAAGCGCGAGUACUGAUGCACCAGGAACCACUGUAUCACCUGAGAGUACUUUUACACCAGGAACAACUGUAUCACCUGAGAGUACUGUUGCACAAGAAUCGACCAUAGCAACUGUAAUUUCUGCCGCACCAGAAACCACUGAAUCAUCGGAAAGUACUGCUGAACCAUUAACCACUGCAGCAAGUGAAAGUACUGUUGCCCCGGGGACAACAUUAUCACCUGAGAGUACUGUUGCACCUGGAACUACUGUAGCAAGUGAGAGUACUGUUACACGAGGAGCCACUGUAGCAAGCGCGAUUACUGAUGCAGCAGGAACCACUGUAUUACCUGAAAGUACUGCUUCACCAGGAACUACUGUAGCAAGUGAGAUUACUGUUACACGAGGAACCACUGUAGCAAGCGAGAGUACUGAUAGUGAAAGUACUAUUGUACCAGUUACCACUGUAGCUAGAGAGAGUACUUUUGCACCAGGAACAACAUUAGCAUCUGAGAGUACUGCUGCACCUGGAACUACUGUAGCCAGGGAGAGUACUGUUACACGAGCAGCCACUGUAGCAAGCGCGAGUACUGAUGCACAAGGAACUACUGUAUCACCUGAGAGUACUGUUGCACCAGGAAUCGCUGUAGCAAGUGAGAGUUCAAUUACACCAGGAACCACUGUACUACCUGAGAGUACUGCUGCACCAUUAACCACUGGAGCAAGUGAGAGUACUGUUGCACCAGGAACCACUGUAUUACCUGAAAGUACUGUUACACCAGGAACAACUGUAUCAUCUGAGAGUACUGCUACACCAUUAACCAAUUUAGCGAGUGAAAGCACUGUUACACUAGAAACCUCUAUAUCAUCUGAGGGUACGUUUGCACCAAGAACCACUUUAGCACAUAAGAGUACUGUUGCACCAGGAACUACUGUAUCACCUGAGAGUACUGUUCAACCAGAAUCGACUAUAGCAACUGUAAGUUCUGCCGCACCAGAAACCACUGAAUCAUCGGAAAGUACUGCUGAAUUAUUAACCGCUGCAGCAAGUGAAAGUACUGUUGCCUCAGGGACAACAUUAGCACCUGAGAGUACUGUUGCACCUGAAACUACUGUAGCAAGUGAAAGUACAGUUACACGAGGAGCCACUGUAGCAAGCGCGAGUACUGAUGCACCAGGAACCACUGUAUCACCUGAGAGUACUUUUACACCAGGAACAACUGUAUCACCUGAGAGUACUGUUGCACCAGGAACCACUGUAGCAAGUGAGAGUACAAUUACACAAGGAACCACUGUACUACCUGAGAGUACUGCUGCACCAUUAACCACUGGAGUAAUUGAGAGUACUGUUGCCCCAGAGACAACAUUAGCACCUGAGAGUACUGUUGCACCUGUAACUACUGUAGCAAGUGAGAUAACUGUUACACGAGGAACAACUGUAGCAAGUGAUAGUACAUUUACAUCAGAUGGGAGUACUAUUGUACCAGGACUUACUGUAUCACGUAAGAGUACUGUUGCUCCACCAACCACUGUAGCAAGCGAGAGUACUGUUGCUCCACGAACCACUGCAUCCCCUGAUAGUACUGCUUCACCAGGAACUACUGUAGCAAGUGAGAUUACUGUUACACGAGGAACCACUGUAGCAAGCGAGAGUACUGAUAGUGAAAGUACUAUUGUACCAGUUACCACUGUAGCUAGAGAGAGUACUUUUGCACCAGGAACAAGUGUAUCACCUGAGAUUACUGUCGCAUCAGGACCCACUAUAGCAAGUGAGAGUACAUUUCCAUCAGGAACCACAUUAAGAAGCAAGAGUACAAUAACACCAGGAAGCACUGUAUCACCUAAAAGUACUGCUGCACCAGGAACUACUGUAUCGCGUGAGGGUACUAAUACACCUGACAGUUUAUUACCGGAAGGUACAACUGCACCUGGAACCACUUUUGCAAAUGAGAGUACUGUUGUACCAGGAACAACUAUAUCACCUGAGAGUACUGUUGCACAAGAAUCGACCAUAGCAACUGUAAUUUCUGCCGCACCAGAAACCACUGAAUCAUCGGAAAGUACUGCUGAACCAUUAACCACUGCAGCAAGUGAAAGUACUGUUGCCCCAGGGACAACAUUAUCACCUGAGAGUACUGUUGCACCUGGAACUACUGUAGCAAGUGAGAGUACUGUUACACGAGGAGCCACUGUAGCAAGCGCGAUUACUGAUGCAGCAGGAACCACUGUAUUACCUGAAAGUACUGCUUCACCAGGAACUACUGUAGCAAGUGAGAUUACUGUUACACGAGGAACCACUGUAGCAAGCGAGAGUACUGAUAGUGAAAGUACUAUUGUACCAGUUACCACUGUAGCUAGAGAGAGUACUUUUGCACCAGGAACAACAUUAGCAUCUGAGAGUACUGCUGCACCUGGAACUACUGUAGCCAGGGAGAGUACUGUUACACGAGCAGCCACUGUAGCAAGCGCGAGUACUGAUGCACAAGGAACUACUGUAUCACCUGAGAGUACUGUUGCACCAGGAAUCGCUGUAGCAAGUGAGAGUUCAAUUACACCAGGAACCACUGUACUACCUGAGAGUACUGCUGCACCAUUAACCACUGGAGCAAGUGAGAGUACUGUUGCACCAGGAACCACUGUAUUACCUGAAAGUACUGUUACACCAGGAACAACUGUAUCAUCUGAGAGUACUGCUACACCAUUAACCAAUUUAGCGAGUGAAAGCACUGUUACACUAGAAACCUCUAUAUCAUCUGAGGGUACGUUUGCACCAAGAACCACUUUAGCACAUAAGAGUACUGUUGCACCAGGAACUACUGUAUCACCUGAGAGUACUGCUGCACCAGAAUCGACUAUAGCAAGUGAAAGUUCUGUUGCAUUAGGAACCUCUGUAUCACCUGAGGGAACUGUUGCACUCGGAACCACUGUAGGGAGUGAGAGUACUAUUGCACCAGAAACCACUUUUGCACCUGAGAGUACUUUUAAAUCAGGAACCCGUGUAGCGCCUGAGUUAACUUUGACACCAAUAACCAGUGUAGCAAAUGAGAGUACUGUUGCUGCAGGAACCACCGUAUUACCUGAUGGCACCUUUGCACCAGGCACCAAUGUAGCAGGAGGAACCCAUGCGACGAAGACCUAUGCUUCUCCUAAAGUCCCUACUCAAUUACCCCCGUUUACUGGUUCCAUUGUCACAGAGGGGAAGCCUUCGCCAAGACCACAACUCAAAACGACUACUACUUCACCUCAUCUAACAACUGACUCACCAACUGUUCUGGACCCGGAUACUUCUGCUUCAACAGAGUCCAGUAAAGCGCCCUUGACUAAAUUAGUGUCUUCUCCCGGGCCAGAGACCACUGCUGUAAGAGAGACCAGUACGGUACUAGAGACCACUGCAGUACUGAAGACCCCUUCUGCACCGGAAACCACUGCUGUACCGGAGACGACUGCUGUACCUAUGACCGCUAUUGGACCAGAGACCACUGCUGUACCAGGGACCAGUACUGUACCAAAGACCACUGUGGUAGCAGAUACCACUUCCGUAGCAGAAACUGCUGCUGAAAUAGAGACCACUGCUGUACCAGAGACUACUGCUGUACUGGAGACCACUGCUGUACCUAUGUCCAGUACUGGACCAGAGACCACUGCUGCACCAGAGCCCACUGCUGCAUCAGAGACAACUGCUGCACCUGAGACCGCCGCUGUACUAUGGACCACUGCCGUACCAGUGACCACCUCCGUGCCAGGAACCACUGUGGCAGCAGAGACCACUGUUGUACCAGGAACCACUGCUGCACUUGAAGCCACUGCUGUAACAGGGACCAGUACUCUACCAAAGACCACUGUGGCAGCAGAUACCACUUCCGUACCAGAAACCGCUGCUGAAAUAGAGACCACUGCUGUACCAGAGACUACUGCUGUACUGGAGACCACUGCUGUACCUAUGUUCACUACUGGACCAAAGACCACUGCUUCAUCAGAGACCAUUGUUGUACAAAAGACCACUGCUGCAUUGGAGACCACUGCUGUACCAGAAGAGACAACUGCUGCACCUGAAGCCACUACUGUACCAGGGACCAGUACUGUACCAAAGACCACUAUGGCAGCAGAGACCACUUUCGUACCAGAGACCACUGCUGUACCGGAGACUACUGGAUCAGAAAUCACUGGGGUAUCAGAAACCACUGCUGUACCUGAGACCACUUCUGGACCUAUGACCACUACUGGACCAGAGACCACUGCUGCACCAGAGACCACUGCUGUACCUGAGACUUCUGCUGCACCUGAGACCGCUGCUGUACCUGAGACCACUGCUGCAUCAGAGACCACUGCUGCACCUGAGACCACUGCUGUACCUGAGACCACUGCUGCAUCAGAGACCACUGCUGCACCUGAGACCACUGCUGUACUAGGGACCACUGCUGUACCAGGGACCACCUCCGUGCCAGGAACCACUGUGGCAGCAGAGACCACUGUUGUACGAGAUACCACUGCUGUGCCAGGAACCACUGCUGCACCUGAAGCCACUGCUGUACCAGGGACCAGUACUCUACCAAAGACCACUGUGGCAGCAGAUACCACUUCCGUACCAGAAACCGCUGCUGAAAUAGAGACCACUGCUGUACCAGAGACUACUGCUGUACUGGAGACCACUGCUGUACCUAUGUUCACUACUGGACCAAAGACCACUGCUUCAUCAAAGACCAUUGUUGUACAAAAGACCACUGCUGCAUUGGAGACCACUGCUGUACCAGAAGAGACAACUGCUGCACCUGAAGCCACUACUGUACCAGGGACCAGUACUGUACCAAAGACCACUAUGGCAGCAGAGACCACUUCCGUACCAGAGACCACUGCUGUACCGGAGACUACUGGAUCAGAAAUCACUGGGGUAUCAGAAACCACUGCUGUACCUGAGACCACUUCUGGACCUAUGACCACUACUGGACCUGAGACCACUGCUGCACCAGAGACCACUGCUGUACCUGAGACCACUGCUGCACCUGAGACCGCUGCUGUACCUGAGACCACUGCUGCAUCAGAGACCACUGCUGCACCUGAGACCACUGCUGUACCUGAGACCACUGCUGCAUCAGAGACCACUGCUGCACCUGAGACCACUGCUGUACUAGGGACCACUGCUGUACCAGGGACCACCUCCGUGCCAGGAACCACUGUGGCAGCAGAGACCACUGUUGUACGAGAUACCACUGCUGUGCCAGGAACCACUGCUGCACCUGAAGCCACUGCUGUACCAGGGACCAGUACUCUACCAAAGACCACUGUGGCAGCAGAUACCACUUCCGUACCAGAAACCGCUGCUGAAAUAGAGACCACUGCUGUACCAGAGACUACUGCUGUACUGGAGACCACUGCUGUACCUAUGUUCACUACUGCACCAGAGACCACUGCUUCAUCAGAGACCAUUGUUGUACAAAAGACCACUGUUGCAUUGGAGACCACUGCUGUGCCAGAAGAGACCACUGCUGCACCUGAGACCACUACUGAAAUAGAGACCACUGCUGUACCGGAGCCUACUGCUAUACCUAUGUCCACUGCUGGAACAGAGACCACUGCUGCACCAGAGCCCACUGCUGCAUCAGAGACCACUGCUGCACCUAAGACCACCGCUGUACUAGGGACCACUGCCGUACCAGGGACCACAUCCGUACCAGGCACCACUGUGGCAGCAGAGACCACUGUUAUACCAGAUACCACUGCUGUACCAGGAACCACUGCUUCACUUGAAGUCACUGCUGUACCAGGGACCAGUACUGUACCAAAGACCACUGCCGCACCUAUGUCCACUACCGGACCAGAGACCAAUGUGGCAUCAUAUACUACUGUGGCAUCAGAGACCACUGCUGUACACAAGACCACUGCUGCACCAGAGACCACUAUUGGACCAGAGACCACUGAUGUACCAGGAAUCACUGCUGCACCAGAGCUCACUGGGACAUCAGAGACCACUGCUGCACCUGAGACCACUGCUGUACCAGGGACCAGUACUGUACCAAAGACCACUGUGGCAGCAGAGACCACUUCCGUACCAAAGACCACUGCUGUAAUGGAGACCACUGCUGUACCUAUGUCCAAUACUGGACCAGAGACCACUGCUGCACCAGAGCCCACUGCUGCACCAGAGACCACUGCUGUACCAAAGACUACUGCUGCACCAGAGACCACUAGUGUACCAAAGACUACUGCUGCACCAGAGACCACUAGUGUACCAAAGACUACUGCUGCACCAGAGACCACUAGUGUACCAAAGACUACUGCUGCACCAGAGACCACUGCUGUACCAAAGACUACUGCUGCACCAGAGACCACUGCUGUACCAAAGACUACUGCUGCACCAGAGACCACUAGUGUACCAAAGACUACUGCUGCACCAGAGACCACUAGUGUACUAAAGACUACUGCUGCACCAGAGACCACUAGUGUACCAAAGACUACUGCUGCACCAGAGACCACUAGUGUACCAAAGACUACUGCUGCACCAGAGACCACUACUCUACCAAAGACUACUGCUGCACCAGAGACCACUACUCUACCAAAGACUACUGCUGCACCAGAGACCACUACUCUACCAAAGACUACUGCUGCACCAGAGACCACUGCUGUACCAAAGACUACUGCUGCACCAGAGACCACUAGUGUACCAAAGACUACUGCUGUACCAGGGACCAGUACUGUACCAAAGACAACUGUGGCAGCAGAGACCACUUCCGUACCAAAGACCACUGCUAUAAUGGAGACCACUGCUGUACCUAUGUCCAAUACUGGACCAGAGACCACUGCUGCACCAGAGCCCACUGCUGCACCAGAGACCACUGCUGUACCAAAGACUACUGCUGCACCAGAGACCACUGCUGUACCAAAGACUACUGCUGCACCAGAGACCACUAGUGUACCAAAGACUACUGCUGCACCAGAGACCACUAGUGUACCAAAGACUACUGCUGCACCAGAGACCACUACUCUACCAAAGACUACUGCUGCACCAGAGACCACUAGUGUACCAAAGACUACUGCUGCACCAGGGACCACUAGUGUACCAAAGACUACUGCUGCACCAGAGACCACUGCUGUACCAAAGACUACUGCUGCACCAGAGACCACUCCUCUACCAAAGACUACUGCUGCACCAGAGACCACUACUCUACCAAAGGUUACUGCUGCACCAGAGACCACUGCUGUACCAAAGACUACUGCUGCACCAGGGACCACUAGUGUACCAAAGACUACUGCUGCACCAGAGACCACUAGUGUACCAAAGACUACUGCUGCACCAGAGACCACUCCUCUACCAAAGACUACUGCUGCACCAGAGACCACUCCUCUACCAAAGACUACUGCUGCACCAGAGACCACUACUCUACCAAAGACUACUGCUGCACCAGAGACCACUACUCUACCAAAGACUACUGCUGCACCAGAGACCACUACUCUACCAAAGACUACUGCUGCACCAGAGACCACUACUCUACCAAAGACUACUGCUGCACCAGAGACCACUGCUGUACAUGAGAGCACUUCUGCACCAGAGAUGUCUUCUCGAACAGAAGCAUUUCGUUCUACUUCACCAGUCCCUUUAAUAACAAUAGAAUUGACAAUCGCUUUGACGAAUGAGACUUGGGAUCCUGCGCUGUUGACUUCCGGUAGCGAGGCGUAUAUGCUGCUUUCAAAUAGAAUUCAGGAAAAUGUUGUGGAGUUUGCCAAGGGUUUCUCGUCAUUUGCUGGUGUUGACCUGCUAGAGUUCAAGUUGUCUGGUGUUUCUAGCCGUGGGAGGGUGCUGGCCAAGGUCAAUAUCCGUUACCGGUCCUUGAAUAGUAAUGAGCUUAUUGAUCUGAUGGAGAUGAUCGAACGUCAGGACGUGAUUGGCGAGUUACCCAUAAAGCUGAUUCACGUCAAGGGGGACAAAGUACCAGCUGCACCAUUGAACAUUCAAGUUCAAAGUGUUGACAAGAGAAGCCUCAAAGUUAUAUGGGACGCUGUUUCUCCGGAACCACAACAUGGAACACUACUUGGUUACAAAAUCUACUACGGGAAACAGGACUCGGGAACAAGGAACGUGGUGUCAUGUGCUAACUGCAGUUCUAUUGGCAUCCAAGACCUGCUCCCCUUUACUAGAUAUCGCGUGCUUGUGUUAGCGUACAGCAACAAUGGAAAUGGAAUCCCUAGCCGCGCCAGCGAAGCGAUCACCGGGGAAGGGAUUGGAGCAUUUGAGAGUACCGUGCAUCCUGUCACUGUUCCGACAUCCACCGAAACAUUUAGGACUCGUACAACUCAAACCACAUCGCCAUCAGGAUUACCUAGCCCGCUUGGACCCCCUGGUCCGCCUGGCCCUAAGGGAGACAGAGGCCCGCCAGGUGUUUCUACUAGUGGCCAGGGGGCAAAGGGAGAGAAAGGUGAUCGAGGCUUGCCCGGGCCUGCUGUUUUCAUAGCAACCAACAGCACAGUCGUCACAGUCAAGGGACAGAAGGGUGACGCCGGAACCUGUUCCUCCAACUGCUCUCAACAACUGCUCGUCGGUCCUCCUGGUCCCCCUGGUCCUCCCGGGAAGGGGCUAGCCGCCCCCCCCGGACAACAAGGCAGAUCUGGUCUUCCUGGAGUCGCCGGUCGGCCAGGUCCGAGUGGUCUUCCUGGUUCACCGGGUCUCCCGGGUUUGCCAGCAACCUAUGUCAACAUUUCAACUGGGGAGGUUAUCCGUGUUUUGAAGGGCGAGCAAGGACCACAAGGACCUCCAGGUCUUAAGGGGAUAAAGGGAAACACCGGUGUGAAAGGAAACACAGGGCAAGCUGGUAUUCCUGGAUCUAAGGGAGAUAAAGGAUUUCCUGGAAUGGUUGGAUUUCCAGGAUUAAGAGGAAAGACUGGACUUCCAGGGAAACCCGGAAAGUCUGUUGAAGGGCUUAAAGGCAAGAAAGGUGAACCUGGCUCUGCUGGCUCGAAGGGGAAAAUGGGCUUGCCUGGCCUCCCUGGUUCUAAAGGACAACAAGGAAAACCUGGCCCAACAGGACCCAAAGGCGAGCAGGGUCGAAGUAUUUCUGGUCCUCCAGGACCACCUGGAGCGCCUGGUACUUCCUGGAAUGACUCGAUUGUAAAUGGCGGACUAAGUAAUAGCCUUCUCGAAUCCUUACGUGGCCCACCUGGACCACCUGGACCUGCCAGUACUGUCGCGGGACCUGUGGGAACACGAGGAUUUCCUGGACUGAAAGGAGAGAAGGGUGAACCUGCCGAAUCAACUAACGUCAAUCCGUUCACCAAAGGUGUCAAGGGUGAACCUGGUGUUCCAGGAUUUCCUGGUCUGAAGGGUGAGAUCGGUCUCAUAGGUCCACCAGGACUAGCAGGAUCCCCAGGACAAACUGGCGCUCCUGGUAUACCUGGCAGAAAUGGUACGGCAGGACCUCCGGGUUUUCCUGGACUCAAAGGAAGUCCAGGCAAACGUGGCCUUUCUGGUAUUGAUGGACCCCCGGGAAAGGAUGGUAUCAGGGGAGAGAAGGGUGAUGCAGGACCUGUGGGCCCUCGUGGAAUUAAUGGUAUCCAGGGUAGCCAGGGUGCUAUAGGUCCUCAAGGACUUAAGGGUGACCCUGGAAUGGUUGGACAGAAAGGAAAUAAGGGUAAGGAAGGAGAGCGUGGAAUGAAAGGAGAUAAGGGUUCAGAGGGAGUUGGCGCGAAAGGCGAACGUGGAGAACAAGGUUUGGUGGGACCAUCUGGACCACGUGGGCCGCAAGGACGGACUGGUCCACCUGGACCAAUAACUUAUAUCAAGGGGGUCCCUGGUGAACCUGGACCUGCUGGAAACGGCAGUAAAGGCGAUGCUGGACCUCCUGGUCUGCCAGGGAAGAAGGGUUUGCCUGGAGAGAAAGGAUCUGUUGGUACGACUGGAGUACGAGGACCCCCUGGUUUACCUGGCAAGUCUGUCAUAGGACCAAAAGGUGUACCGGGUUUGACAGGUCCCAAGGGCGCCACAGGAGAUAAGGGUGAGAAAGGUGCUAUUGGGCCUAUAGGACCAGCUGGGACAAAGGGAAACAAAGGCGAGCUGGGAUCCAAAGGAGAAAAGGGUGACAGCAUCACAGGACCCCCUGGCCCACCUGGACCGGUAACGGAAAAGAAAGGAGCGACUGGCGCUCAAGUCAUACAGCAAAAAGGAGAGAAGGGUGACCCUGGGAGAAAGGGGAGUUCGGGUCCUGUAGGCUCCCCCGGCAAAAAAGGCGAGUCUGGGGCGACUGGAGCGAAGGGAGAGAAGGGAGAUAUUGGCUUGACUGGAGCCCAGGGAACUACUGGAGUCAAGGGGGAAUCUGGAACCCCUGGUCUGGAUGGAAGUCCCGGCAAGGAUGGACCUACAGGCUCUCCUGGCGACCCGGGAUCCAAGGGAGAUCGCGGCGAGACAGGUGAUGUAGGCGCAGCUGGUGCCAAAGGAGACAAGGGUGACGUUGGACCUGUCGGGAUUCGGGGGUUUAAGGGCAAUAAAGGAAUGAAGGGUGAAGUGGGCCCGCCCGGCCCUCCGGGACGUAUCGAUAAUCAGACUCUCCUAGCGGCCAAAGGGGACAAAGGAGAAAGGGGAUUACCAGGCCUCGCACAAAAGGGAGCCAAGGGUUCUCAAGGCGUCCCAGGAAGAGAUGGUUUUCCCGGUAACAACGGCGGCAAAGGCGAAAGGGGAGCCCAAGGACCACGAGGGGAGAAGGGCAACACUGGGGCCCCUGGAUCUCAAGGCAGCACAGGCCCUCGUGGUCCCAUAGGACAACCGGGCAUGGCAGGGUCCCAAGGCGAGAAGGGGGGGAAAGGCGAUCCCGGGUUUCCUGGGCUUCCUGGACAAGCAGGCCUGCGUGGUCUUCAAGGCCCUGAAGGGCAGAAGGGAAGUAUCGGUGCUCCUGGAAUACCUGGAAAGAUCGGAGAAAAGGGAGAAAAGGGAGAGAUUGGACGUCCAGGUAGACAGGGAGUUCCUGGCAGACCCUCGACCAUCGCCGGCCCACCGGGACCCCCUGGUCGUUCAAAGAAUAUUUCUGGUCCUCCUGGGCCGCAAGGCCCCCCUGGUCAAGCAAGCCAAAUACCCGGUCCCCCGGGUCCACAGGGGCCACCCGGUCCGCCAGGACCUCCUGGGCGUGAUGUUGUUGAUGCUCAGAACAUUGAUGGAAUGACUCCACUAGAAAUGGGGGUUGUCACCUUCGCAUCAAAACAGCUCAUGAUUGACAGCUCGCCAAGGACUAAGGACGGCACUAUUGCGUUCGUCCUUUCGGAACAACGCCUGUAUGUGGACACUAACUCUGGCUGGAGACUUGUGAUAGUUGGCCCCUUUGCUGUGGGGGGCAUAGAUGGGAAUCAAUAUACUCCAACUACACGCCCCACGCCUACCAAGGUGGUACCCCGAAACGCCAUUAUACUCCCACCCGCAGGAAUAAAGCUUACAGGCCGAUAUCUCCGUUUAGUUGCUCUUAAUGCACCAGUCACGGGGGAGCUUGGUAGCCUGGCCGGCGUCGAUCACCAGUGCUGGCGGCAGUCCAGACAAGCAGGAUUAAAAGGGACGUUCAGGGCCUUCCUGUCCAAUCGCCACCAGCACCUCUACAGUGUGGUGCCUAGGGAGGAAAGGGACCUUCCCGUGGUGAACCUCAAGGGUGAUCAACUUUUCACAUCGUGGCGCAACAUGUUUAGCAAGAAUUAUGGUUUCAACCCUGACAUCCCGAUAUACACCUUUGAUGGACGUGACGUCAUCAAGGAUGAGAAGUGGCCCUCUAAGUACUUCUGGCAUGGGUCACGUGGUGACGGUAGCAAAUACCCCGACAACUGUCGCUCAUGGCAGAGCCGCAAACCGCUGGACAUGAGCACAGCAGCCGCAAUCGAUGGCAGUACCGCCAUGUUUGCUGAGAAUGUGUUUACGUGUGACAAUCGCUUUUCCAUUCUGUGUAUUCAGAUAAGCUACGAGCAGUACCUAAGCUGAUAACGCGCUCAUGCAUCAGCCCCUUGCAAGCUUCCAUAGGGGUAGGGGUGGCGCUUGGCGUCUCUUCAACAAAUACCAAUGCAUCCAUCCCAAAAGGCAAUACGCUCCCUCUGUGGGGUCUGAUAUCUGUCUAGUACUGGGGGCCUGGUUGGUAUCGUUGGAUGAAAUUAGUUUUAAAAAAAUGCCAUUUUAAGCCUGGGAUUGGAGAGGUACUCUAGACGCCAUUUGCUCUUACCAAGUUACGACACCCCCUCCCCCCUCCCCCCGAACGCUUUCGAUACAAAUAGUAUUGUUAUGUUUCUUAUAGUUGUAUCAAGUUUAUUCUACGUAUUUGCUUUCCAAUUUUUGUUUGACAUUUGACGUUCGGCAGAUGGUCAUAUUUAUAUACAGCCUGCACCAUCAUGCUGUGGUAUUUGUAAUGCCCAGAUUCUUAAAUAAAUGGAUAAAAUUAUUAUUUUAUUAAUAAGUAUAAUAUAUGAAUUCCCAUUUGAUGGUCUCAUGGAUGGUGAAUCAUUCAUGCAGACAAUAUAUAUUGACACAACGCAAAGCAAGUAUUUUAUAUUUUAUGCAAAUGUACAAAUUAUGUUACAAUAAAGUUCAAGCCAUGAUGCUCUA